AUGAAAGUCCUGUUCUAUGCGAGUUUGUCCCUGUUCGGCCUCGCGCUGGUGAGCGCCAAGGGGGAGAAGAAGAACAUCAUGAACUCGAUCAAAAACGAUGGCAAAAACGAUGGCAAAAAUAAAGCCAAAAGCCAAAACGCCGGCGCCAAUGCGAACAUGCAGGACAUGCUGCACUAUAACGAAAUCGAAAAGAUCAAAGAGCUGAUCAGCCAGAACAAGCUGGAGGAAGCCAACGCGCUAUUUAACGAAAUGAAAAAAACGUACAACAGCAAUGAAAAAGAUGGCAAAGGUAAAAACUACAUGGGCAGUAACAACUAUGCAGCAAAUAAAGAAGAAAAUAAAUUCGCACAAGAUAUGAUGAUGAUGAAUAACAACCAGGAUUUCUUCAACAACUUAAUCAAUCCGAAUGACCUCCAAGAAAUGAUAAAGUUUUAUAUGUACUUGCAAAAUUUGUUAAGUUCCAAAAAUGAAACUUCGGAAAAAAAAAUGGUAAAAACUUUUCUCAGAAAAACCAUCCAAAAAAUGAAAGACAAUGAAAAAAAUGAAGAAAAAAAAUCCAUCGAUAAUAUUAUUAAAGACACAGAGGGACACACACAAAUGUUGGAAAAGCUAGCUGACCUUAUGAAAAUAAAUAAGGAAAAGUUACAAGAUGAGGAGGUGAAAAAUAAGCUAAAUCAAAUUCUCAUUGGCAUGAUGAAGUUCAUCGAUUACACAAACAAUAGCGAUAUUGCAAAGGCACUUAUGGACGAAAUUAAAAUUAAGGAAGUUAAAAACGCCGAUGGUGCGUCCAAGCCCAAGCUGCAAGUGAACAUCGGCAACAGCAAGGCCCACUUGGAGAUGCUGCAGAAGGCCACCAACUUCAUGGGCAUGGACAUUGACCCUGAGGAGCUUAAGAACCUCACCAUCAACAAUAAGUGGUACGAGACCUUCCUCAACAACCUCCUCAAUAGCUCGGAUGAGCUGUGA